GUGGCAGCAAUACGCCAACUGACAUUCAAACUGCCAUAAAGCCUAAGAAGAAGAAAAAGUUCAACACAAAGAGGAGAUGAAGAGAAGAAUGUUCCCUGGAUGAAAACAAGAAAAGGUGGUGGAAUUAAGCCUCUGUGUUGAAUUGCCCAGACUGUCAGUGCAGAGUUCAACUCUUUGACCCAGGUUAACAUGGCAGAUCCACCAAAAUAUCCUGCAGACGUCCCUCACGCGUCCGCCAUUACAGCCUCCAACGGUUCUUCUGUUAUUUCACCCCAAGUCAUAGACUGUCACAUCGAGGGACCAGUCAGCAAUAACAUAAAUGUAUAUAUAUGUGGUGAGAGAGAAACAAGUUCUCCCACAAGUCCAACCUCUGAUCCAGAACGUUUGCAACUGGUGCAGGCCGAAUUCAAGGAGAACUUGAGACAGAAGCUUGAAACCAUCUUGGAAGCGAUUGCAAAAAGGAGCAACAUGACUCUCCUUGAGUGGAUUCAUCCAAAUCUCUACAUCUCAGAAGAACAGAGUAAUGGACUAUUUACAGAAAAUGAAAUAUGGAGAAUUGACAAAGACAAGGCAAUCAGCUGCAAUGAUCUCUUCAAAGAGUUGCCAGAUCAAAAGGUUGUACUCACAACAGGAAUUGCUGGCACUGGAAAAACAGUGUGCGUGCAAAAGUUUGUUCUGGACUGGGCCAUGGGAACAGCCAACCAGGACGUGGAUUUCAUGUUUGUGCUUCCAUUCUCAGAGUUAAACUUGCUUACAGAUGAUGAGCACAGUCUUCAUUCGCUUUUAUGUCACUUCCAUCCUGAGCUAAAGGUCCUGGAUCCGAAGGUGUAUGAGCAGUGCAAAGUUGUAUUCAUCUUUGAUGGCCUGAAUGAAAGCAAACUUGAUCUUGAUCUGAAAUCCAGGAGUGAGGUUGACUCCAACACUGAGGAAGAGACAGUUACAUCAGUGGAUACACUGAUAUCUGACCUCAUAAAGGGUGAACUGGCUACCUCAGCGCUCAUUUGGAUAACCUCCCGACCAGCAGAAGCCAACCAGCUUCAAUGCAGGCCUACUGACCUUGUGACAGAUCUUCAGGGAUUCAGUGAUGCACAGAUAGAAGAGUACUUCAAAAAGAAAAUCUGUGGAUGUGAUAAAGCCAAUAGAAUCAUCUCGCACAUCAGAGCCACAUGGACCCUGCACACCAUGUGCCAUCUACCGGUCUUCUGUUGGAUCACAGCCACGGCUCUGGAGAGAGUGUAUGAUGAUUGUAAAAGUGAUGACCUCCCUAAAACUCUGACUGAAGUACUGACCUGCUAUCUGAUGCAAAGAAACCAGACGUUAAAAACAGGCAGGCUGUCAGAAGCAGACGUGGAGCUUUUUAAUGCACUAGGAGAGAUGGCCUUCAAACAUCCAAGGGACAACUCUGUGCUGACAGAGGACGAUUUUCGAGAGCAUGGCAUUGAAUCUGGAGAUGAAGCAAUGCAAUCAGAACUGCUUGCUCACAUCUUAGAGGUCAGCCCAAAUUCUUCACCUUCCAAGACAUACAGAUUUCUGCAUUCAAGCAUUCAGGCCUAUCUUGCUGCACUUUCUGUUCUACGUUCAUAUAGCAGUUAUAGCAUAACUGUGCUAAAACCAGGAAUACCAUGGUUUCCAAAACAGGAAGCAACAUCAGACAGUGAAAGUUCUGAAUAUGAAGACCAAGAAACCUGGGCAAGAAAACAGCAUCAGGGAACACUGUGGGAGCUGCUGCAGGUUGCCGUGGACAAUUCUUUGGUCAAUGUUAAACUACAGCUGAACAAAAGCUCUGAUAGACACCUGAAACAUUUCCUCCCCUUUCUUCUUGGCCUGGCAUUUAACUGUGGUCAGAUGCUGCUGGCUCAGCUCAUAGGGGAUAAUAAACAGGACCAGGACAGCAUCCAGCAGGCCAUAAUAUAUAUCAAACGUUUACUUAAGACUAAGAAGAAACAGCUCAAUCAUGAUCAGAGCAUAAAUUUGCUCCGCUGCCUGGCUGAACUGAAAGAUUACUCUUUUGAAAAGGAGAUGCGAAUGUUCAUGUCAUCAUGUGGCAGUGCUGAAGGACGACUCUCCAUUGCACAGUGCUCAGUGCUGGCCCACCUGGUCCAGGUAUCAGGAACUGUGCUGGAUGACCUGGAUGUUUUGAGAAUGUGCUCAUCAUCUCACGGUCAAUGGAAGCUUGUAUCAGUUGUGAGAAACUGCAGAAAAGCUUGUAUAAGGCCCUGGCAAGCCAUAGCUGUGGUUUCUGCCCUCUUCUCAACAAAUUCACACCUGGAAAAGCUGGAAUUCAGUCAUGGUAUGAUUGUGGAUUGUAAACGUCUUAUUGAAGCUAUAAAGGCUCCAGUCUUCAAACUUAAAGAACUUCAUUUUACUCACAUUGAGAGGUGCAUUUCCAGAGACUCCAGUGACCUACCACUGUGGUUGAUAUAUUCUACAAACUUGAGGCAGAAGCAGUGUAUGGCGGAGCAAGAAUUCUGGGUAGAACUCAUACACACUACUCUGUUGGGCCAACAUGGUCAGCCACACUCUUUUACGCUGAAGGACUGCAAUCUCAGUGAUGGCAGCUGUGAAAUCCUGGCCUUAGCUCUGCAAUCAACCAACUCAGGCUUGAAAGAGCUGGAUCUCAGUUAUAACAACCUGACAGACACUGGAGUUCAGAACAUCUAUCAGAAACUUGAACAUUCAAAAUGUGACCUGGAGAAGCUUAGCUUAAGUUACUGCUGUGAAAUCACAGAGAAAUCCUGUGCAACAUUGGCUAAGGUUCUCCAUCGCUCAUGCCUGAGAGAGCUGCAUUUGGAUGGCUGUAGAUUUGGAGAUUCUGGAAUCAAACUUCUCAGUAGAGGAAUGACUCGUCCAAACCAACUACAAAUACUGUGGUUGGGCCACUGUGGUCUAACUGGAGAUAGUUGUGAAGCCCUGGUGUCAGCUCUCAGCUCAGAUUCUUCAGCACUAAAACAGCUGGACCUCAGUAACAAUGACCUGCAGGAUUCAGGAGUGAAGCUGCUCUGUGUUGGACUGAAGAGCUCACAUUGUAAACUGGAGAUUCUAAGAGGAAGGCUGUUCUUCUCUGGCUUCAGCUCUGACUUCAAACCCCUCCCACCUGAGAGAGCUGGAUCUGAGCUACAAUCAUCCAGGAGAAUCAGGAGAGAAGGUGCUCUCUGCUAGACUGGAGGACCCACACUGCAAACUGGAGACACUUAAUCUAAAAAACUGUGGAGAGCACAGAAUGAAACCAGGCAUCAGAAAAUGUAAGUAUAUUAAUUAAAUGCAGCAAACUUUCCUUACUUUUUUGUCCAAGUAUUGAGGUUCUAGUACAGCCGGAACAUUGGGCCUCAUUCGGCAAACAUUCUUAAGAAGACAUUUCUUCUUAAAACCCACUUCCUCAGCUUUCACAAAGAUUCUGACAUUCAUCACUGUUUUCUUAUUUGGGAUUUUUUCUUAGGUAAGACCAGAAACUACACACACGAGGGUGCCAACAGUACUGCGUUUAAGAACACGUCAUUAACCCGACAUAGACUUUUUCUUAGGACCUUUCUUAAGAACAAAUUUAAGAAAAAACUUACCAAGAUACUGGUGAAUGAGGCCCAUUGUUCUAUACAUCCCGUGAUUCUUAUUGCCAUUAUUUUUCCUUGCUAAUUAGUUCACCCAGCUUUGGUCAUUUGCAAAAAUAUGGUGUGACACUAACUAUAUGUUCUUGAGAUCAAAGCAGGCAUUGUGAAUUGGAUUGUAUACAAAAGUCCAUUCUUCUUGUGGGGCAAGAUACUUCAAACCUUUCCACUGAACUAGCAGCCAGCAUAGUGGAACUCUGUGGCAUUUUGGAUAAACCGGGACAUGUUUACGCAACUACUAGAGCAUCCAAGUAUCAAGGCAUUACAUUAGUCCAACCUGAAUGGGAUCACAUCAAGUUAGCAGCUGUAAUUUAGUGUAGUGUGUUGAUACAUUUGUGAGUUGUGGGUUAUUAGCAUUGCAAUGGAAGCUAAUGUGAGUUAUGGGUUAUUAGUACAGCAAUGAAAGCUAAUCUAAGUUGUGGGUUAUUCAUACAACGAUGGAAGCUAAUUUGAGUUGUGGGUUAUUAGCAAAGCAAUGGAAGCUAAUUUGAAUUGUGGGUUAUUAGCAUAGCAGUGGAAGCUAAUUUGAGUUGUAGUUUAUUAACAUAGCAAUGAAAGCCAAUGUGAGUUGUGGGUUAUUAGUACAGCAAUGAAAGCUAAUCUAAGUUAUGGGUUAUUAGUAUAGCAAUAGAAGCUAAUAUGAAGUGUUGUUUAUUAGCAUAGCAAUGGAAGUUAAUUUGAGUUGUAGGUUUUUAGUAUAGCAAUGAAAGCUAUUGUAAGUUGUGGGUUAUUUAUAUAGCAGUGGAAACUGAUGGCAUGCUUAUGCAUAAAUGCACUUCAUGGUAAUAAAUUGAAAAUAAAGGUGGUAACACAUUGAUUGUGGCAUGAAUAAACGGUACAAAAACACACAAUAUUCGAACACAAAUUUGGGUUCGAUUCCCCGGCCAGGCAACCAGGGUCGUUUCUGUGUGGAGUUUGCCUGUUCUCCCCGUGUCUGCGUGUGUUUCCUCCAGGUACUCCGGUUUCCUCCCACAGUCCAAAGACAUGCAUUCAGGCCAACUGGACAUGCUAAAUUGCCCCUAGGAGUGAGUGUGUGAGUGAAUGUGUAUGUCUGUCUGUCUGCCCUGCGAUGGACUGGCGACCUGUCUAGAGUGUAUCCUUUCUUCCACUGGGUUAGGCUCCAGCACCCAACGCGACCCAGAAGGAGAAGCAGCUUAGAAGAUGUGUGUGUGUGUGUCUGUGUGUGUGUUUGUAAUGCAAAAAAAAAAUGUCACAAAACUGGCUACAUUCCAUUUUGGAAAACCAAAAAGAGCAUGGAGAGUUUCACCCUCUUAUUCAGCAGCUAGAACAUUAGGAAAGAUUUCACAUAUUGCUGUGAUUUCUGUAACUCAGUUUUAGCCCCAGAUGAGCUGCUUUUGGAGAUGCUAACAGAAAGUAAAGGGCAAAAUAAUCCUUCUGACAUUUGUCAAAACGUUCCAGUUGCUGGGACACAGCUGCUUCAGUUGUUGUCACCAUGCCAACACCAGAGAAAAUCAUGAAAGAUUUGCAAAUAUCAGACUGAGAAUGAAUAGCAUAAUAUUGCCUUUUCACCAUCCAAUAAAUUGUGCCUUCUGUUUUACAUUUAUAGCAUUUGGCUGACCCUCUUAUCCACAGUAACUUACAAUUUAAUCAUUUUUUACACAGGUAGGCAAAGGUGGUGUUCAAACAUAGUGUUAGGAAACUUGCCUAAGGACUCUUAUUAGUAUAGCAUAGGGUGCUUGCCCAGGCAUUGGAUCAAACCCCAGUCUGUCAGGCAGUGGUGUCACCCACUACACUACACCAACCACAUUCAUUUUACUCAUUUUUAUUUAUUUUACAGAUGGCUCUUACUUUGCAAAGUGGGAACUGUCAUGUGAGGACGAUGUUCAGAAGUGGGAAGGACAUCUUGUUGACAGUGGCUUUUGUGGUGAGCAGGGGAAAUUCUACUGGCAAGUUGA